AUGAAGUGGAUACAAUAUCUUAGCCUGUGUCUAAUAUUCACAGAUUCGGCAUUUUCGGCUAAUAUUACAGAAGUGGAGACCUUGUACACUAACUUACUAUCUGGCUACAACAAAUACGUGCGGCCACUGACAUCGACAAGCGUUCCUGUGUAUGUGAAUGCUACGUUUUCUCUCGUCGGAAUUCAGGAAUUUGACGAAGUUAAUGGCAAGUUUUCUGUGAUCGGUUUCUUCACCAUUACAUGGUCAGAUUCACGUCUAGCGUGGACGCCAUUACUUUAUAGCAAUCUUAGCACCAUUGAACUUCCUGAAUCGCAGCUCUGGAUUCCGAAUCUAACGCUUAUCAACUCUUAUGACCGUAUUGAAGGUCUCGGGAGAGGCAUAGUUCCUGUCACAGUCACGUCUACUGGAAUGGCAUAUUGGUCUCCUGGUGACGUCAUAUCAAGCACAUGCGACAUAGACGUCACAUAUUAUCCAUUUGAUACCCAGUCUUGCAGCAUGAUGUUAACGUGUUGGGGGUUUACUCCGACUGCCAUCGUGACACAAGCACAGGACACCCAGAUAAGCUUGGACUAUUUUUCAGAACAUGGAACAUGGGAACUACUGGAUAAGAAACUGAACACAUUCUUAACUUCCACCAGCUCCUUCAUUAGUAUUGACAUGAAACUGAAAAGGCGUCCAGCGUUUGCCGUCAUUAACAUUGUCCUUCCGAUGGUUUUCAUGGUGGUUUUGAAUUUGCUAGUAUUUGUUUUACCUGUGGAGAGCGGUGAGCGCGUGUCCUACUCUAUCACCGUGCUUCUUGCGAUCGCCGUGUUUUUAACACUUGUGGGUGACAACCUUCCAAAAACAUCAAAACCGACCGCCAUGUUGUCGUACUUCCUUCUUGCAGAUUUGGUACUGAGCUCUCUGAUUUGUGUCUUUGUUAUUCUUGGGUUGACUAUCUAUUAUAAGGACGACUCAGAAAAACCCGUUCCGAACAUAAUCGCAAGAAUCGUGAAAUUCUGUUGUCAUUCACAAAAAUGGACUGGCCGAAUUAAAAAUCAAACUAUUGUAGAACCUUACAAAGACAAUUCAGCAGACAAGAAGUUCUCAUUGCCUGACUAUGAUGAAGAAGAUGGGGACGAGGUAAAGGUGACAUGGAAAAUGGUUUCUAACUGUUUUGAUUGGAUAGUUUUCGUCACUUGUCUGCUGGUCAUCGUCAUAUUGACAAUUCUGUACUUUUCCAUGACGAUGUAGUGAUACAUAACUUUCUCACAUUAUCACCAGUGUGAGACCGACAUUACCAAUGUGAGACAGCUGCAUAUAUGUGAGAUUUUUUCUGUCUGACAAUGCUACGACGUCAUUGAUUAUGACAUCAUGUAUUUUCCAUGAUUUACGUUGCAUGUAGUAGUAAAAUAUUGUGUGUAUGAACUUAUGAAAUUAAAAUUUGAUAUUGCUU